AUGAAGGUACUUGUUUUUGUUCUCGCUCUUCUCGCAAUUACGGCCGCGAAACCACAUCCCGGAUAUGGACGGCCUGGCUUCGGAGGAGGUGAGCAUCCCGUUCGGUUGAAUACAAUUGAAGUUGCGAAUGUUUCAGGAGACUUCGGCGGAGGCGGAUCGCAAUGGGCUCAACAGUCGGCGUUCCAGCAGUCGGCGGGAGGAUUCCAAGGCGGAGGAGUCGGAGGAUUUCCCGGUGGUGGCGGAUUCCCUUCUGGAGGAGGUGGAUAUGGAUACUCUGGAUGA